AUGUUGCCUUCCUUGUCCGAUUUAUUUGGGCAAGAUGAUGGCAAAGAUGCCAACAAGAUGCCUAAACAACAACAGCUUACUAUUAGUAAUCCAUCAUCAACCAACAACAACAGCAUCAACAACAACAUGAUGUUUGUGGGGCAACAACACCAUCAUGCAAUAUUGGCCAAUUCCAAUAAUGGGCUGCAACAAGAUAUUGCUAUGCAUCAUGUACAUGGAUCAUCUAAUGUGAAUGCCUUUGAUGAAGCAUCUACAUCUAAAUUUCAGAAUUCUGUUGCCAAUUAUCAUCAUCAGUUUGUUCCAUCGACAAGAACGACAUUGGAUAGUGUGGGGAGAAGUAGUCAAUCUUUCACUGCUGGUAGUAAUAACAAUAGUUCAAACUUAAAAUCUAAUCUUACACCAGCUUUGAUACAUGCAACAUCAUGUACUCCAAACAUGAUGUUUUCAAAAAUAGUGAAUAAUAGUGGCAUGCCAACAUCUACAUCAUUGAGCAUGCAUGGAUCGAUGCAUUCAACUCAUCAACAACAAGUACAUGAAAUGUCUAAAAACAACGAUGCAUGUUUGCAUGUAUUUGAUACAAAAACAACACCACUACCUAACUUUAGUACUACAACUACCACCACAGCGAGCAAUAUAAAUGGUAGUAAUCAUAGCAAUACUAAUGGCAAUCCACCACCCUCUUCAUCUUUGAAUUACAAAACACAAGAUGCAAUACUGCCCAACAAUUUAUCACCUCCAACAACAAACUCUUCCCAACAAAUGUACUUUUCUAAUCCUAUACAAUAUUCCCCUCAAGCUAACCAAUUGCAUGCAUCCAAUAAUAAUUUAAACAAUAGAGGGCAAAAUAAUGGAAAUAAUAAUGAUCAAACGGCAAUGCAUGAUUAUCAACCUUCUUCCUCUGCUUAUAUAUAUGAACGAAAUUCACCAAUAUUGCUUCAAAACGAAGUUUAUAAUAAUGGAAAUGUAUCUUCUUCAUCAUCUACUAAUAAUACUGCUAGGAACUCAUCCACAAAAUCAAAUGUAAAUGAUACAUCUACUAAUGUGGUAAAUACUUCUCAAAAUGGAUCAUUUCCAAGUCGGUUUGAAAAUUAUCAACAUCAUGAUUUACAAUCAUCCACACAUCCGGUUAUUAAGGAAAAUCACCUUAAUACCAUUUUUAAUGGAAUAUUUUAUGAGGAUGCAGAAAAUUCGAAACGGAAAAUUGAGGAUGCAAGUAAUUCAUCAAGAAAAAAGAGAAAGAAUGAAAACGAAACGAAACAUUCAAUUAACAAUUCGGAAUCAUUCAUUAAUCCACCUUCAAUAAUUACCACACCUAAAUCAUUGAAUCGCCAAUCCAAUACCACCAAUAGCUCUUCUAAGAAAACUAAAUCAGAAAUUAAUAAUACGAAACAGCCUCUCAAAUCGCCCUCAGGUUUAUCAGAUAGUUCUACAAAUUACGCGACACAUAAUUCACUCUCGACAGUACCACAAAACUCGAUUCAAUUCAUGAACUUCUCGAUAUCAGACAAAUCGAAAAUUAAAUUUGUGAAUGCUAGACAUCAACAGAUAGGAAUUAAUGACGGUGCAUGGACUGAAAAAGAGCAUGCAGAUUUUAUGCGAGGACUAAACGAGUGUGGAAGAGGCAGAUGGCGAGAGAUUGCCGAAAACUAUGUUCUCACUAGAACGAGAACUCAGGUAGCCAGCCAUGCCCGUAAAUAUCUAGAAACCCCACCCAAUAAAAAAGGAAGAAAUCCUGGAGUCUAUCUCAAAUGGGAUGACUGCAAGGAACAAGUACAGGGCUUCUCUGGUAAUUGUUACAAGAAAUUUUCAUCCAUAAUAUUUGCCGAUUGGUUUGUUGAAGAAGGACCAAAGAAAUUCAAAAAGAGAAUUCGUUUCCAUUCCAAAGAUUGGGUUUCAAGUGGGAGUGAAGUUGAGGAUUGUUACUAUGAUGAUGAUUUAUCGGAUGCUAAUGAUGAUAGAGAAGUUUAUGUUUGUGGAAAACAAUUCCGAAAGAGAAGAAAGAAUAUUGGUGAUGAAGCGAAUGAUUGUAGUCAUGCUCCUGUUUGUAGAUAUCAUCUGGAGGGAAAUUGUCGAUUUGGAAGGAAUUGCAGAUUUUACCAUCCUCCAAGAAGUGUUAUCACAAGAAUGAAAAGUAAUAGUGAAGGAAAUAGACAUCAUCCUAAUGAUGAUCAAUAA